AUGCCUUCGCUCACCAACUCCCUUCCUUUCUCGCCAGCCGAGCUUGCGUAUCUACAUACCUCGUUAUCCUCCAUACCCCCUCUACGCCCAGAUGCGCGCCCCCUGCCAACCGACUUUCGAGCACUGAGAGCAGAGACAGGCGUGCUUCCUGCGGUGAACGGUAGCGCACACAUCGGGUUUAGUGAUGGCCGCGAAGCCAUCGUGGGCGUCAAGCUCGAGGUGGAAAAGACCGCCGAUGGAGGAAACAGCGUUUCGAAAACUGAAGAUGGCGCAAUGGACAUUGACGCCGAGGGCCAGGGCCAGGAUAUGGGUCAAAAGCUACGUGCAAAGGGAAAGCCCGAGUGGGUGACUCUCACGCUCACGCUUCCUGGUCUCCGAGACGACGACCCAAGCUUGGUUUUUCUGGAGGAAAUGCUUCGCGAGCCAUUGGCAGUGCCCUCCUCCUCUUCUUCCAAGGCUACGUCGCUGCAGGACAGCUUGAUUAUCAAUUCUCGGUGGCAUUGGCACGUAUACAUUGACGUCCUUUUGAUUUCGCCAAAUGGACUUGCAAGCUACCCACUUCCGCUCUUGAGUAUGGCAACACAUCUGGCACUACGCGACACCCGCAUUCCAAAGCUCAAAAGCGAAGGGGAAGAAGACCCCAUUGCAGACGACGACUGGAUGGCCAGCACGUACCUUUAUCCACGAUCCACCUCAUCUUCUCCUUCCAAACCUCCUGUUACGCUUCUUGUCGUCGUGGUCGGCGAGAAUAUCAUUUUCGAUCCCAGUCGCGAGGAACUCGCCGUCGCGGACGGUAUCAUUGCCGUCAGUGUCGGAAACACGACGACCAAGGAAGGAGAGUUCCAGCUGCUUGCGACGCGGAUGAUCGACACUCCUGCCAGAGAUACCAUGAAGGGUGUGUUACUGUCUGGUGAGGCGCAAGAAGGAGUCGAUGUGCCUGGUGUGUGGCGGCCGAGGAUUGGAGGUGUUAAGAGAGCUCUGCUGACGAAGGUGGUUAACACUGUGCUUACUGGAGGCGUCGCUAAGGAUGUUAUGAGCGGCCUAGACGGAUUCAUGAGCGCCGAGAUGAAUGGCUGA